AUGUCAAUUCCAACCAAAGCGACGGCGCUCGUAAUUGGCGGUGGCCCAGGAGGCUCCUACGCGGCGUCAGCUUUGGCGCGGGAAGGAGUCGACACGGUGCUGCUGGAAGCGGAUGUGUUUCCCAGAUAUCAUAUUGGUGAAAGUCUCGUCGCCUCAAUCCGACCGCUUUUGAAGUUCAUCGAUCUAGAUGACACGUUCGUGAACUAUGGAUUUGUGAGAAAGAAUGGAGCGGCUUUCAAGUUGAAUAACCAGAAAGAGGCUUACACGGACUUUAUUCUCGAUCCUGGCGCAGGAACCUACGCGUGGAACGUCGUCCGAUCGGAGUGCGAUGAGUUGAUGUUCAAACAUGCCGCGAAGUCUGGAGCGAAAACAUUCGAUGGCGUUAAAGUCGCUUCCAUCGAGUUUAUUGCAGAUGAGACGAAUGCCGAAAGUCCCGGUCGACCGGUGUCUGCUAGCUGGAAAGCCAAAGACGGCCGCACUGGCAUCAUUGAUUUCCAAUACCUAAUUGAUGCAAGCGGUCGGGCCGGUAUCACCAGCACCAAGUACUUGAAAAAUAGAACGUUCAACAACUAUCUCAAGAAUGUCGCUAGCUGGGGCUAUUGGCGUGGUGCGACACCGUAUGGAGUGGGAACACCGGUAGAGGGCCAGCCGUACUUUGAGGCGCUUCAGGAUGGCAGCGGCUGGGUCUGGUUCAUUCCUCUGCACAACGGCACGACUUCCAUCGGCGUGGUCAUGAACCAGGAGAUGGCCACAAAGAAGAAAAAGCUGUCAUCCGUGACCUCCAGUAGAGCUUUCUACCUAGAGUCACUCGAGGGAGCGCGUGGGAUCUCUCGUCUCCUGGAACCUGCAACCCUCGAAGGCGACAUCAAACAAGCAUCAGAUUGGUCCUAUAAUGCCUCUUCGUACGGCAGCUCACACCUGCGUAUCGUCGGCGAUGCCGGCGCAUUCAUCGAUCCGUAUUUCUCCUCGGGUGUCCAUCUGGCUCUUUCUGGUGGACUGUCUGCCGCAACUUCCAUUUGCGCGUCUCUGCGUGGCGAUUGUGAAGAAGAAGCUGCAUGGAAGUGGCAUUCCCAAAGCGUGGCCAAUCGAUACGGUCGCUUUUUGCUGGUCGUUCUCGGGGCGACGAAGCAGAUUCGGGCGAGAGAUACACCGGUCAUGAACAAGGAAGGUGACGAGGGAUUUGACGAUGCGUUUACCGUGAUUAGACCUGGUAUGAUUCCAUCCUACAAGAGAGUUAUUCAAGGAAUCGCCGAUGUCCCUGGUAAAGCCACCCAUAGAGAGAUCCUUGAUGCCGUCACCUUCAGCACGAACGUCGUAGGACCCAGGACUGAAGGCACAGAGCAGGCCUGGGUCGAGAAAGACCAUUUUGCUUUGUCCCGCGACGAAGAGGAGGUUGGCAGGGUCAUGAACAAUCUGGCGAAGGCGUACAAGGCACAGGAUGUCUACGAAGGGCUCGCAGCAAGACUUGAUAGAGGAGCGCUGGGAUUGCAGGUGGCCAAUUAG